CUCUUGCCAAGCACAGAAGCUCAAAAACGGCGACCCUGAUCUCAUGAAGCGGGGAGAACUGAAAUUGUUACUUUUAUGUGAUUGAUUCUAAUAGCGCCGACAACGACCUCGAAGCAACAGCAACAAUCCAAGAUGGACGAUGGCUUCGACCCUGAAGCCUUUUAUCCAUUGCAGCGAUCUAUGUUUAUUGAUAAGCUGACAUACAAGCCCAAACCAGCCUUGGUGAUUGAGGUUUACAAAUCAGUGGUAGGCCCUCCAUAUUUUCUGGCCGCAAAGAGAACAGCAGAAGAUCUGGAUCAGUGGGUCCGCACGCAAGUUACCAACGAUAGAGAUGGGUUCUCCAGGCCUGGCCUUCGCCUUAUUAUCGGGGAUGCUCAGGACGCAGAACCCAAGCCAAAGAUACGACCGGGACCACCCAGACCACCAGGCCUGGGAGGGGUUCCACCACCACCACGCAUAGUAGGGGCACCGGGACCGGUACCGUCGCCAUUUAAUUUCCCGGAGGCCUCGAUGCCAGAGAUAAUCUAUCCUCCCGUGGGAUCUAAUCCCAUACCUGAAGACGGCGACAGCCAAUGGCCUCCUGAUGAGAAGAUUAUUGAGAGGCGCCGAUCUCACCAAACGGGCCGAUGCGUGCCUUUCUCUGCGGAAACGCUAGAACGCAUCACAUCUUCUUUCAGCCUGCCAACCUCGACGCAUUGGCUUUUUCAGACAGACAAUGUACACUUUAAAAUAUAUCGCAUGAGUCGCUCUGUCAUUGGACUCACGGCGCGCUACUUCUGCAACAAGGGGCUUGAUGUAGCUCUCUCCAUGUCAUACUGCCCGAAGACGGAUAUCACUACGGCCCUAAUGGUCGGGCUCACUGUUCGACAGACCGAGUUCUUUCGCGCUCAGGUCUGCAAGCUGGCCCGAAUCGCCCAUCACCCGGCGUUGGUGCCGACGCUCAUGGCAGAGUCGGUGCGCCGAGUGAUAGUUGGCCGUUUCUUCACUAUAGACGCAGUUGCCAAAUCAAUAGAAAUUAGUUUUAGGCUGUUAUCGCCGAUGAGGCUCUGCAUACGGGCUGUCCAAAUCCUCAAGGAUCUUGCAAUCCUUGAAAUGGAGCUGGAGAUGCUGGAAACACAGCGAGCCGGGGCCGUCGACUUUGUCCACCUGACAUCGGAUGGAGGCCUACGGUCUGAGAAAGGCAAAGAAAAGCCACGCCUCGACAUUGUUGAUAUUGGGCUCGUACUCGAAGAGAGGUUAGACUUCUUGUUAAUCACGACUAAGCAACCGCGCGCCAUGAUCCGCAUGCACAAGGAGCGUGUUCAGGCAGUCUUAUCAAUAGCCGCAAGCCCGAAUGCGAGUUCCCUAUCAAGCACGGUGAUUCAAAUCCGCGACGCGGUGAACGACCACUUCAGUCGAAGCGUGACCAGUUUUUGGUGGCUCAGGUCGGGCUUCUUAAUCAUCAUCACCUUUACACCAGGAAUAUUUGCUGCGACGCUUUUCUCGACAACGUUCAUGGCAGCGGUGAAUCCCCCUCAAUGGACAUUCUGGGCUAUCGCAACGCCCUUGACCAUAGGGAUCCUGGUCGCAAUGGCCAUCUGGAGGUUCUGGGAUCCCCCCGAGUGGCUCAGGUGUUGGCCCGAUAUAGCCCGCUGGAUGAGGGAAAUCAAGUAUAAGGUGCGGCGCAGGUUUGGGUUCAACGACGAUUCAUCCAGCACCGACUCCACCUCGCUAGUCGACGACGAUGAUUGAGUAGAUCAGAAACGUCGACCUCCAACUGUAAGGGCACACAAAGCAAUAGUUCUAGAUGUGCUAGCAUAUCUCAGGGCGUACGUGCCGGGGUUAAGUUGCUUUGUGGGUACUCGGCUACAUUUGCACCUCGGCGGAUACAACCGGGUUUAGGUGCCUGGUGUUGUUCUUUGGUGCGAUAAUAGCCGCAAAACGUACUCAUCCGGGUCCGCUCGCAGCGGCAGAAUGCGGUUUGCAGCUUGGCUUGCAUUGGUUCCACCAAAUAGCGCACUAGAACAGGAGUAACUAGAGGUUUAACAAGAACCGGAAGCUAGUGAUUGAAGAUUAUGGUCGGGAUGGAUCAGACGUACGUGGCAGUGCGGGACGAAGCUAAAAUCACGAGUGUCGAUACUUGGUCCACAUAGUCCAGAGAAAGGGCAGAAUAUGGAAAGUUACAGAUGGAAAGGUACUCCGUAGAUCCAAAGAUGUAUUGACGUCAAAACUCACGGCUAUUUAG